AUGGCCUCUACUUCCGUCUGCUUAGGGUCUCUUAUUCUUGCAGUACUGAUAUGGAAGGUCUCCUCUAGGCGCAUCCCUCCGAGCAUCUUGUCGCGUGUGCGAGGCCCAGAGAAAGAACAUUGGCUAACCGGCAAUCUCCACAAUCUAUUCAAGGACUCAUACGACUACACAUGCCAGCUCAUCAAAGACUAUGGCGGCGUGAUCAAGAUCUACGGUGUCCUUGGGUCUGAGCAGCUGUUUGUCUCUGAUCCUCGAGCUUUACAUCAGGUCGUCGUGAAGGACCAGGACAUCUACCACGAGACGGAAAUGUUCCUCAAAACAAACCAAUUGCUCUUCGGAGAGGGUCUAAUAUCCACGGAUGGCGAGCAGCACAGAAAGCAGAGGAAGAUGCUCAACCCCGUUUUCUCCCUUGCAAAUAUGCGCGAAUUACUCCCCACAAUCCAACCCAUCGCCGACGAGCUUCUCCGCGGGAUCAUGUCGGAGGUAUCACCUGACGGAGGCGCGAAGGAGAUUGAUUUGCAUCCGUGGAUGGGGCGCGGGACUAUUGAGUACGUCGGGCAGGCGGUCCUGGGGAUAAGCUUUGGCGCAGUGGAUCCUCAGAAUUCGAACGAGUACAUGGAUGCGAUCCGCCAAGUCGCCCAUGUCGGAUUGAAGAUCUUCUUCCUGCGUCCGAUGGUUCCGUGGGCUGUGCGCAGCCUCAGCCCCUUCUGGAGGAACAAGCUCGUCGACUGGUUACCCCUUCCUCCGCUUCGCCAGGUUCGCGAGAUGUGCUACACGAUGGAGCGGCAUUCGAAGAAGAUAUUGGAGGAGAAACGCGAGGCAAUGGAGCAGGGGCGAGCGGGCGAGCGGCGAGACUUGAUGACGAUCAUGUUGGAAGCCAACCAGUCUACGUCCGAAGAAGAGAGGCUCACUGACGUCGAGUUGACCGGACAAAUCAACACGAUGCUUCUCGGCGGCCAAGAAACCUCCACGAGCGCGCUCAGCCGCAUCCUCUGGAUUCUCUCCCGCGACCAGUCGGCACAAGCUCGUCUCCGCUCCGAGAUCCUCGCCGUCAAGCUCGCCCACGCCGCGGCGAGCGGGCACGACGGCCCCUGGGAGAGCGUCCAUCUGCCAUACGACACACUCAUGGCGCUCCCGUACCUCGACGCGGUGCUGCGCGAGACCCUGCGCGUGCACCCGCCGACGAACAUGAUCAAUCGGACGUGCACCAGGGACGCGAUCCUCCCCGUCGAGUUCCCGCUCACGGACGCGAGCGGGGAGGAGGUGAAGGCGGUGCAUGUCCCCGCGGGGACGAACAUCGUCAUCUCGGAUAACGGUAACGCCCGAGGGACGAGCGGACAAGCUCUUCGACUCCGCGCUGGCAGACGCGAGUGUCAGUGUUUGUGA